AUGAUUUUGGGAACUGAAGUGAAUGAAUCUGUUUCAAAUAGGCAAUAAUCGAAAAUUCAUUACCUCUAAGAAUAGAAUAAGUAACUGUAAGAAUAUAUUAUUGACCUUGAGAAUGUUUUAAAACUGAAUAAAUAAGCUAUGUCACUCAUGAUGGAAGGAGUGAAUAAGCGAUCUCAAGUAAAAUGAAUUUGAAUCAUUAAGAUGACAUCUGAUUCCAGUACCAUGUCUAUGUGUUAUCCAAAUUAUCAGAACUCAUAAUUGGAGAGUGUGGUGAAACUAUUGAAUGAAGAAAAUGAAAAACUCAUGAAGGGAUUCCAAAAUCAACAGAAAAUAGCAUAAUAAUUAUAAACUAGGUUGCUUCUGUAGGAAUAGAUAUCAGAAGAACAGCAAAACUAUUACAAAGAUUUAAUAGCCGAUUUAGAAUAUAAAUUAAUGGACUUGAAAAGGAGUAUUCAUGAUAAGGAAUAUGCAAUCCAGGAAUUAGAGAGGAUGAAACCUAUCUAAGAAAGAGAGGGAUAAUUAGUUAAAUUGGUUGAAAUUGUCACUCCUUCAGAAUAGAAUUUAAAAUUGCAUGAAGAAUUGGAUAACGUUCGAAAUUUGCUUAACAACUACUGAGGCUCAAUCUAUCACAGAAACCAAUAAUUCCCUGAGAGAAGUCAAUUAUGUAUUGUCUUAAUCUAAUAGUAUAGCAUUUGAAAAGAGAAAUCUUUAAAAUGAGAAUCGUCUUACGUAGUUAAACUAACUAUUAGUGUAUGAAAGGUAAAUGCAUUUUGACUUAGAGUAGAUUUUGUAUAUAAUGAAUUUAUUGAUAAGACUGAUGACAAUCUAGAACUUAACAGAGAAGUCUAAAAUCAUCGAGGGAAAUUGGAAUCCUUGCAUCAAGAAUUGUACGGUAAUUAUGGUUUAGGUUAUGGAUUCUCCCCAGAACCAUAGUAACUCAAGUAUCUAAGCAAAAAUGAAAGGAUGAUUUAUUAAGAAAAAUUGCACAAGAUGGAAAUAAUGGUCAAAGGAUUUAAAGAAUUAUUUGAAAAGGAAAAGAAUGGCAACAUUCAAGUUAGAAGACUAUACAAUGAACUAAUAACAAAAUAUGAAUCUAUUUUAGAUACAAAUGAGUUGCUCAUAAAAUCUAAUUAGUUGAAGGAUGAAAGAAAUGAGAAGUAGCAAAUCGAUUUGCAAUUUUAUAAGAAACAAAGUUAGAGUUUAAUGGAACAUUUGAGAAAUAGAAAAAUUACGUUUAAUUCCGUUGUUCUAAACUAAGAAUAAGACAUUGCCAUUAAAUUAAUUAGUCCUAGGUUUCAAAAAAAAAUAUAAUCAAAUUCAUAACAAUCCACCUCAACUAAAACUCAGCAACCAAGUAUUAAUGAAUGUGAUAUCAAAAUCUCUUCCAAAGAAGUCCAACCAUCUGACCAUCACUAAUAAUCAACCAAAAAGUAACAAAUAGAAAUCCUCUAAAAGCCUAAUCUACAAUAACUUGAGAUUGACGAAUCCUCUACUGAAGAACAGGCUAAAUAUAUUUCUUAGACAACCAGAGUUGAUAACUAAAAAUUAAGAAACUUGAAUCAAUAAUAAUAAUAAGGAUAAAUUCUUCAGUAUUACGACAUGACCAAAUAGGAAUGCAUUGCAUUUCUAAUGUCCAUGUUUAAUGAUUUUUUUAAGAAUCUAGAUGUAUUUAAUCUAUCAAUAAUUGUAGCUCAGAAAUAUCAAAAAGAUUCAAUUGAUGAAAUAAAUGAAAGACACGCCUAUAAUUUAGAAGGCUAUUAGGAGAUCUUACAGUAAUCCCUUCUUAUACUUUUCUAAUAUUAAUAAUAUUGCACUUAAUCAACCACCCAAAUAAUCAGUUGUGGCCAUCGUAAUUAUUGAUAUUAAUUUAGACUAAAAAUGAAAUUCAAUUGCUAUUAGCUGAACUAAAGACCAAAAAAUAAUAUUUAAAUGAUCAAGACGAAGAAGCAAAUAAACUAUUUAGUGUUGAUGUUUCUAGAAUAGAUAUGAAACAUAAUAGAAGAGAGCUCAUAGAUAAUGAACUAAGUUUUAUUUCUAAUUUUGAAUAAUAGGAAUGA